UGAACAAACUGAAGUUACAUUUGGAUCUUAGACUUUUGGGAUCCCACUGUAUAUGAGCUUUACUUCCUGGCUGGGAAGAAGCAGACCAUCUCAUAUCACACUACAAUCCACAGCAGAACACUGCAGAUCUGUAAAGAGUGAACUGUGUGCUUUUUUUAAUGAUUAAAAAAAAAAAGAUUCCUCCAUCUUUGACCAUCAACUGUAAUAAGGUCUGUAAUUUUAAGUGCAACUGUUGCUUAAUUUAUUCUAUUCUUUGUCAGAUGCCAAAUGCAGCAGUCUGACUGUCCAAAAUGACAAAUUUUAAGCAAUUGUAUACAGGUGCAUCUAAAAAAAAAAAAAAAAGAAUAUCAUGGAAAAGUUCAUUUUUCCCAUAAUUUAAUUCAAAAGAGAAACUUUCAUAUAUUCUAGAUUCGUUACACAUAAAGUAAAAUAUAUCAAGCCUUUUUUUGUUUUAAUCUUGAUGAUUACGACUUACAGCUCACAGAAAUCAAAAAUCUAAAAAUAUUAGCAUAAAGAAUUUAUAAUACAGAAAUGUCGACCUGAGAAGAGCUCUAAUCAGCUCAUUGACUCAAAACACCUGCAAAGAUGGGGGUGAGGGGGAUUACUUUUCCACGAUAUUCGAAUUUUCUGAGAUGCACCUGUAUAUUAGAAAUAAUAAGCCAUUUUAAAAAUCAGGAUUUAUGAGGAUUAUUUCCAUUUCUGAGGAAAUUAUUUCACUGAACAGAUUUAUUGCAGUUAUAAAACUGGUUGCUGUGACGGUUUUGCCACCUUCUUUUGAAAAACAUUAGAGGGCUGAAAAUCUCAUUGGAAAUUCUGAGCAGUCAAAAAGAUUGAAGUAAUUUCAUUGGCAAAUCAUUGGCUAAAUAUAAAACAGGUAUUUAAAUAAAAAAAUAAAAAAAAUAAGAAAGCAAGGCAACACAAGUCCAUAAAUUAAGAUAAAUAUCAGUCAUUUAAUAAAGACAAAAGAAAUGCUGCAGUCUGGUCCAUGCGUGCAUAAGACAAAGUGGUGCAAACAGCUGACAGAUUUACGGCAUGCUGCACUUAAAUAAGAUAACUGAUAUUUGGAUAUUUGUAUGAUUGUUUUUUAGAGGAUGAAAGCUGGCUUAUAAACUGGUUCCAUUGGCCAUGAGAUCUUCUUUAAGUGCAACACUUUAGAUACAGCACUAAUUUGACUAACAAAACAACCUUCUGCAAUUCCUGUGCAAUUUUAUGAGUGCUUGGAUUUCUUGUUGCUGGCACAUGAGCUUUUUCUCCCUCCAUUUUCCUGUCAAACCAUUUCUUUUCACUCCUUUAACACCUAAUUGACCUCUUUUGUAGUUUGUCUCUGUCUUCUUUAUCCAUUUUGUCCUCAUUACUUUAAGCUCUCUCUGAAAUGUUUUGUUUUACACAAUUUUUAUGCAGGAUUUUAAAAUAAGCAACUAUUUAAUUAUAUAUAAACACUAAAGCUGUAAAACGAUUGAUGUCUUUUAUACUGCCUAUGAUUCUUUGUUGACAAAAUGAAUGUAACUGGAUUUUCAUUAAAACCCCACAAAUGUGACAAAAUAUUGCUGAUACAAACUUUUUUUAUGUUGUUUCAUCAUUUUAGGUUCCAGCACCUACCAUGAAGACAUUAUUGCUUUUAACAGAUUCUUUCUUUUUGAAUGUCUACUGUAAAGCAACAGUUAUGUGGAAAAUUAAAUACAUAUAAUUUACUUCUUUCUUUGAAUGCAGCUAAUCAGUCAAGAGAUCUUAGGUAUCUAAGGUUUGCGUAUUUAGUUUUGUGCUGGAGAUAACAAUCAUAAUGCACCUUAAAGUAUGGAAACCCGCUUUUCUAGUUGAUUUUUCUGAUUUGUUUUACUCUUUAUGUAUGAGCCUGAUUCCUGUUUCAUGUCAUCUUCUGUGUAAGUUAUAUGUGAUGAGAAAGAUGUGCCUUUUCCUAUAAGUCCUCUUAUCUCUCCUCCAUUAUCUCUUCUUCUCACUCUUUUCAAUCUUUAUUCCACAUCUUUAAAACAACAACAACAACAACAACAACAAACUGGUAUCCAACUAAUGACUGAAAUACUGUAAUGAUCUCUGAGAUCCUAAUAAAUAAUCUGUCCAAUUCUAGUUCAGUCUGAAUCUCGCUUAUCCUACACAGGGUGACAGGGGAGCCUAUCCCAGGACAUUUGUGGCACAAGGCACACAUUCCAGACAAUCUGAAAAGCAAAUCAGCCUACAAGGCAUGUCUUUGGACUGUGGGAAGAAACCGAAGUACCCAGGAAGAACCCCAGAAACAUGGGGAUAACUCAUGCAAACUCCACACACACAGGACAGGAUUCAAAUAUGAGCCAAACACACUAACCACUAAACCAUUCCUCAAGGUGCUUUCUUUCAACAUUUUCAUUUUUGCCGUGUGAAACAUUACAUUAUAAAUGGUACAGUUUUAUACAAUUUACACAGGCUAAUGCUAAACUGCCCACAUGGGGAAUGAAAUAACUGAACACUAUAGUAGCGUUAGACACAUUAUCCAUACAAGCCAGUGUCAUGUCGCCUCCACAGCAGUAGAUGGUGAUACAAAGUCAGUUUGAUGACAGAAAAUAUCCACCGACAAAAUACUGUAAACAGGACGUCGUAUUCUGUGCCUACAUGACCACUGGUUUAAAAUAGAUCAGGAUUGUUUGCUUAUGCAGUUGGAAUUAGAAUAAAAGUGUGUUAUUUUUUCCCUUUUCUGUUGGAUGGCUGAAGAAGUGAGAGAUGAGGUUCUGGCAGCAGUAGUACACACUUCAGGAAAUGCAAAAUCAUCUUGAGUCAUGGAGACUGGUUUGCCAUCUGCACCAUGCCUAUGUCAGAUAAAACCGGAACAAAACACACAACCGCCUAAAAAUGGCUGCAUCUUGUUGUUGCAAACUGUCAGUCUGCCCGCUGACUUAACCUGCCCUGUACAAGUUAAACAGGAAUCGGAUGUACCUCAGUCUGAAAGUAUGCCUUGUCCUCAAUUUGAAGAAAUAAAGGAAGAGUCUGUUGAGAUGAAUGAAUUCAUUAAAAAGGAACAGCAUGAUGACUCUAGCCUGACCCUAACCAGUGAAGCAUCACGCCAAUGUGAUGAUAACUUACCCCAUGGUCUGAUUCCUCCCAUUGAAAUGGAAGAUGACGAGUGUGAUGUAGAAUGUGCAGAAAACGUAAAUACAUGUCUAAAUACAUUUUUAAAUAAAAAAAGAAAUGCUGCUAAAGUAAAGCUUCAUGCUUCAAAUACAGACAAGAAAUGCACAGGCAAACCGAGAAAGGCACAGAAAUGUACAAAAUAUCACUGUGUCAAGGGCUGUGAUGGCAGGACGUUGUUAAAAACAUGCACACGCACUGACAGUGAAGAAGCAUUCUGGUGUGAAACUUGUGGAAAAGAGUUCAAACAGUAUGACUGUCUCAGUAACCACAGGAGAGUGCACGGAAGAAAAAGGCCAUACGCUUGUGAUCAGUGUGGCAUGAUGUUCACCAAACCUGCUUAUCUGAAAAUCCAUCUGCGCAGACAUGCUGGGGAAAGGGCAUUUCCUUGUGACCAGUGUGACAAGAGGUUUUUUGACAAGUACGACUUAGGAGUGCACCAGCGAGAUCACACAGGAGAAAGACCAUACGUGUGCCAGGAGUGUGGAAGGAGCUUCAAACGGAUUUAUAUACUAAACAAGCACAAGAAAACUCAUUCAAAUGAAAAACCUUUUGAGUGUAAAGUCUGUGGAAAAGCCUAUAAAUAUGGUUACAGUUAUAGGUUACACAUGAAAAAUCAUUCGGCAUAGAUUUUAUCAUGGACACACAGCCAAAAAAAAAAAAAAGAUUGAAAAAGAGAUUUUUUAUUUUUUUAUAUAUAUUUUUUUUAUUAAUGCAUUGUUUUGACAUUUUGUUUCUUUUUUGAUGGAAUUAUUCCUUUUAGCCUGGCUACACAGAUAUAAAGGUUUUAACAUAAGAUCAUAAAAUGUAAUAAAACUUUUUUUUUAAAAUAACAACAAUAAACUUUGUGAAAUAGCUUAAAAGUGAUAAAAUUUUUUUGCAGUUUUAUGCAGGGUUUUUUUUAUUUUACUUUAUUAUUUUAUUUUUUAUUUUUUGCAGUUUGUACUGAGAAUUUAUGGAAUUGGUUAUAUGAAGAUCAUGUGACUGCUGUGUAUCCCAAAUAAGAAGUCGUCUACUAUGUUAGAGAAUUCAUUCUACCAGUGGGUGUCUGUCUUUCAUCAGUUUCAAUUUGAGAGUCCACUAUGAAAGAAUUGCACUGAUUAUUCCAGAAUGUGUGUAAUACCUGUAUAAUAAUUCAGCAUUUUUCUUCCCUGAAGUGGGUGAAGUGUUGUACUAGUUUAAGUAUAAUAAUAAACAGUUUAGAAUGUU